AUGCCCUCUAGAGCAGACAUCACCUACUUUGGUGCAGGCCCGGCCUUGCUGCCUACUGACGUCCUUGAGGACGCUGCCAAGGCCCUGGUCAACUUUGAAGAUACUGGUCUAGGCAUCGCCGAGCACUCGCACCGCUCGGCCAUUGCUACCACCAUCAUCAAUGAGGCUAAGGCCGAUCUGGCCUCCUACCUUGACAUUCCCGACGACUAUGAGGUCCUCUUCAUGCAGGGCGGUGGCUCGGGAGAGUUCUCUGCUACGGCGUAUAACCUUGUCGGCAACUGGGUUGCUCGCAAGCGUAACGAGAUUGGGUCGGAUGAUGACAGCGCAGUCCCGGAGCUCAAGGCGGCCGUGAAGAACCUCAAGAUCGACUACAUCGUCACUGGUGGCUGGUCGCAAAAGGCAGCGGCGGAAGCUGAGCGGCUCUUUGGCUCCGAGCACGUCAACAUCGUGGCGGACAGCCGCAAGACAAAUGGCGGCAAGUUUGGAACGAUCCCGGAUGAGAGUACCUGGAACCUGUCUCAGGACGCUGCCAUGGUCUACUACUGCGACAAUGAGACCGUCGAUGGCGUCGAGUUCCCCGGGUUUCCCAAAUCCCUCGAGCCGGGACCCAAUGGGCCAAUUGUUGUUGCCGACAUGAGCUCCAACAUCCUUUCAAGGAAGAUUCCGGUUCGCAACUUCUCGGCCAUCUUCUUCGGUGCCCAAAAGAACCUUGGAUCGACCGGUGUGACUGUCGUCAUCAUCAAGAAGAGCCUCCUGCCGCAGCCUUCCGCGGCCUUGAUGAGACAACUGGGUCUGCCGAUUCCGCCUCGUAUCCUCGAGUAUGCGGCUAUUGCCAAGAGCAACAGUCUCUACAACACACUCAGCAUCUUUGACGUGUACAUCGCGGGCCGGGUUCUGAAGAGGCUGCUGCAACAACACCCUGACAAGGUCCAAGGUCAGCAGGCCAUAUCUGAACGGAAGGCUCAACUCAUCUAUAAGGCCCUCGAGGCCCACCCUGAAACCUACAGGAUCGUGCCGGACAAGACGGUGCGGUCCCGUAUGAACAUCUGCUUCAGGAUCAAGGAUGGCGAUGCCGCCGAGGAAGCCUUCUUGAAGGCGGCUGCCGCCCAGGGGCUGACCGGGUUGAAGGGCCACCGUGACGUGGGAGGAAUCCGGGCGAGCAACUACAACUCAGUUCCUCUCGAGGGUGCGGAGAAGCUUGCCAAGUUCAUCGAGACUUUCGCGUCGCGGUAG